GUCACUUCCGUUUGAUUGACACAUGGGUGUGGCUUAAUCUAUAUACCGGGGCAGUCAGAUCAGCGGAGGGGGAGAAAGGGGGUUAGUGGCGCACCUGAUUAUAUUUUCUGUUUACCGUCGUCAUCGUCAAACAACCAUGUUUGCAUUCAUCAAUUGUCAUUCGGUCUACAGCAAUAAAAUUCUCAAACUAUAUUCAUCAACGGACUUGGAUUCAUUGUACGACGCGUAGCAGCCUGGAGCCCACUUAAGCCUCUAAGCGGCCUUUUAUAGGAAAACGGACGCUAUAUUUAGUAAACAGAAAUAAUCCCAAAACACCACGGGAUUCAACGUUGCUCUUAUCGUUUGGAUCUCGAUGUUUUGGACGGAACGAACUAUGCAACAGGGGACUCUUCUGCGGACGCCUGGGAUCAGAGACACAUAAUUGACUGCAGCAGCGGUGUAACGCGGAAGUGACAGCAGCGCAUCACAGCCAUCUGAAUCGGAUCCAAAUGUCAAUUAGAAUCCGAACUACGAGCAGCAAAGGAUUAUGGUCCUGGAUGGCGGGAUGGGAACCAUGAUCCAGCAGCAUCAACUUGAAGAGGAAGAUUUCAGAGGGGACGAAUUAAAAGAGCAACCGCUCCCACUGAAGGGCAACAACGACCUUCUCAGCAUCACACAGCCCGAUAUAAUUUACAAAAUACACAAGGAAUACCUGAAUGCUGGUGCGGAUAUCAUAGAGACUAACACAUUCAGCCGCACUUCCAUCGCUCAGGCAGACUAUGGACUGGAACACAUGGCCUAUCAUCUCAACAGGAUGUCAGCCGAGCUGGCGAGGAGGGCUGUUGACGAUUUCACCAAACAAACUGGUUCCAAACGCUAUGUGGCCGGUGCGGUGGGUCCCACAAAUAAAACCCUGUCUGUAUCACCGUCUGUGGAGAGACCAGACUUCAGGAACCAUUUGAUGGGUUAGUAGAAGCCUACACAAAGCAGGUCAGAGGUUUACUAGACGGAGGAGCAGACAUCAUUCUCGUUGAAACUGUCUUCGACACUGCCAAUGCAAAGGCUGCCUUGUUCGCUAUCGACCUGCUGUUUGAAA